AUGGGCUUUAAAUUUUCUUAUGUGUGCGACCUGUUUACGAGCCUCGAAAAUAAUCUCACUCUGAGGGCUUCAACGGCGUCGAGGCAUAGAAACCCAGACGUCGCAACCAUUGCCAACUGGUUUAGCCAGCACGGAAAACAAAUCCACGGUGGAGAGACGGACCGCCUUGCUCUGUUGUCAUGUCUAUUCCCAGAGAGGCGACCGGAGAGAGUAUUUGGAUUAAAGGAGCCGUCGCUUGUAAAGAUCAUUGGCAGGUGUCUUCUACUUGGGAUUUCAAGGAGGCAGGCCCUGGAUUCGUACAAAAUCUGCGGGAACGGUGAUCUGGGCCAGUGUGUGGAAAGGGUGAUGAGGCAAGCGGAAAACGACAACCCCGAGGACUCCGGCGUAACCGUUGAAGACAUUGAUACUGCCUUAGAUCAUAUUGCGUCGAGAUGUCGGUUCUCUGGCCCGGAUGUGAGGCGACGGCGGACCGCUGCCGGCGUGGAUGAAGUUCUUGGACCAAUUUUACGACACCUGACAAGCCGUGAGGCGAAAUGGCUUAUAAGGAUUAUUUUGAAAGAUCUCAGUCCUUUAACCCUACCGGCUCGUUUGAUCCUUCAAAAUUUCCAUUUCCUUCUUCCCGACCUGCUGCUACUGCAGGAUUCUCUGGGGGCAGCUGUGGCGUUAUUGAGCCGUGAUCCUAUGAAGCGAUUUCCAUGGCGUCCAGAUCCUGACUAUGCUAAGCUUCUGGCUUCCUUCGCUUUUUCUCGUAUAUCUCUUGACGUUGGAGUAAAAGUUGGAAGGCCAACGUUUUAUACAGCCAGGGGCAUCAAGCAUUGUUGUAAAAUGGCGGGAAAACGCACCAUGAGCGUCGAGCGGAAAUAUGAUGGAGAAUACUGCCAGAUACAUGUUGACCUUUCCAAAGGCUCGGGCUGUAUACAGAUCUUUUCGAAAAGUGGCAAAAACUCAACUAUGGACAGAGUUGGCAUUCAUUCUACUGUCAAAGAGUGCCUAAGAAUUGGAAAAGUCGGCUGUAAAAUAUCAAGGAAUUGCAUUUUAGAAGGGGAACUUCUUGUCUGGAGUGACGUGGAAUCAAAGAUAUUGCCAUUUCAUAAACUCCGGAAGCAUGUCAUUAGGUCUGGCUCCUUCAUUGGAACUGAGAAUGACUCACCGCCACAUUCUUAUGAGCAUCUAUAUAUAAUGCUAUUUGAUGUAUUAUUGAUUGACGAUCAAGCCUGUUUACCAAAGUCGUAUAGAGAACGCAGGGCCUUACUGAAAGAAAUUUCCCACCCUAUUGACGGGCGUGCUGGGAUUGCGGAACAGGAGUAUAUCGAUUUCUCAUUGCCAGAGAGUCAGGAGAUGUUGACCACAGCCUUUGCUACGGCCAUAUCACAACGUUGGGAAGGACUCGUUCUGAAAGCCAGCGAUGAACCUUACUUCGUGAUCGAACAGCAAGAGCACUCCAACUUUGGGCAUUGGAUUAAAUUGAAAAAGGACUAUAUUGCAGGGAUUGGGGAUACCGCAGAUUUCGCGUUGAUAGGAGCGAGAUAUGACGCUCGUGAAGCUGCAAAACUCCAGAGUAUCAAGGGUGUUCAGUGGACGUCAUUCUUCGUGGGAUGCCGUGAUACCGGUUCAAAAUAUCCCUACGAUGCGCGGCCGUUAUUUCGUGUUGUGGACGUCCUCAAUCGACAUAAUGUGAACAUUCAACUUCUACGAACACUCAAUCAAUAUGGCCGCUUCUGCAGCUGUGAUGUGGAUGAUGAAGAUGCCCCUUUUAUCAUAAAAACAGAUCAGAUACAACUCCCCAAAGUACAAGUUCUGUUCAAAACCCCCUUCGUGGUUGAAAUGGUUGGCAGUGGCUUUGAGAAGCCGGCAGGAGCGAACUAUUUCACAUUGCGCUUUCCCCGUGUUCUCAAAAUCCAUAUGGAUCGGGAUGUUGAGGAUGCUACAACACUAGAAGAGCUGCAAGUGCUGGCUGAAGCAGCCAACUCUGUCCCUAGGGAUGAAUUAUCGCAGAACACCGCUUGGUGGGCAGAGAGACUAGACGCGGUAGAUGGAGAGCCAGGUUAUAUCAUUGAUACGUCGGAACAUUCGCCUAUUUCUGUGGCUUCUGUUAGCCAGCCAACUAACUUAGAAAAUGCGCCCUCCGAUACACGCUUAAGGAGGCAUUUGGUUGCCAAUGAGCAGAAGGUGGUAACUUCAAUGGGCAAGCGAAGGGAGAUUGACGUUUCCCCAAGAGACUCCAGAAAAGUGAGCAGGAAACAGCCCAAAAUCGCGAGAUCGCUCUCACCGUGUAUCGCAAUACACUCAGAUCAUACCCAAACCACAGCAAACACUCACUUGUCUCACUCACAAGAUAGCGUAGGAGCUCGUCACCUAGCAAACAUUAGCAACUUAUCCCAACCCAAUCCGAUUCCAACUUAUGCCAGUGUCGGUGACUGCGAGGACGCAGUCGCUACAACAAGUCUAGGCAACAAAAUAGAAUGCUCAACGACUCUCAGGAAGCUCGACGAGGAUGGGUUAUCCCGUUCCCCUCAACCGAGCCAGGAAAAAAGCGCAGGCCAAAAUCCUUACCAAGAGCAACAAUGUUUCGCUCAACUGGAGCUUGGUUUGGCGGGUAGCAGCCCAUCCGUCGGGCCGCUUGAUACAUUAUCAUUUCUCUCCGAAACUCCCAUCCUACUAGGAACCGGAGUGUCUCGCGAUAAAGUGGAUUCCAUCCCCUUGGAUCCCAAACUCUUGACAACCUCGAUCACGGAGUUCCUGGAAAAGUUGCUGGAUCCUAACUUCCCAGACAAAUCACACUUCCAUCACUCCAAUCCAGACACGGCACAAAAUUUUCCCAAAUGUAGUGGCAUUGUCCUCGUUGAAUCCAAUACCACCAAGGCAUCACAAGCAGCAUCUGACAUUGCUCGAAUUGGUAACGUACUUGCUACCAACCAGCGAACCGGCCGCUUACCAUCAAAAAGGGGGAAAUUGAUUUUCCUCCGCUGCGAAGCGAUGUUACAGCACGGUCUAUUUGAAAGAAAUCAAGCAAGUCAUCCCGAAAAUCUUCGAGAACGUUGGGAGAGCCAUGGGAAGCAGUUAUUUGCUGGGUCUUUGGAAUGGGGAUAUGGUAUUUCACGGCAGCGGAAGAGAAGGAAAUUUGACUUCAAAAGUACGGAUGUGGACUGUGAGGAAAGCAGUAGAGUUGGAAGAACUAAGGCUAACGACUCUCCAUCGCCACCAACUAUGGGCGUAGAUGUUCAGUUAAGUUGGGAUUGGAGAGAAGUAUUAUCAUUGGUAUAG